AUGGCGAGAGACGCAGAGAUCUCGGUGAACGAGCGGGCAUUCAUCCUCGAAGCUCUGCACAAGAAUGUGCGGCUCGAUGGGCGGCGGUUCGACCAGCUCCGGCCUGUCGAGCUGACCUUUGGCGAGGAGCAUGGCAACGUCAAGGUGCAACUUGGGAAGACAGCGGUGCUGGUACGAAUUUCCGCAGAGCUGACGACCCCGCGGCCUGAGCGCGAUUGCGACGGGAUAUUUACUGUUGUGGUGGAAUUGAACGACAUGGCUCUACCGGGCUACGAGACCGGACGGCCAUCGGAGCUGGAGGUCAGCCUCUCCCGCACGCUAGACAAGAUUGUUCGGCGGUCCAAUGCGCUGGACACGGAGUCUCUGUGUAUUGCUAAGGGGAGGAUAUGCUGGAACGUCCGGGCAGACAUUCACAUCCUGGACUGUGACGGAGGGUUGAUUGAUGCGAGCUGCCUUGCCAUCAUGGCGGGGCUGCUUCACUUCCGUCUGCCGGAAUCUACAGUGCGAGAUGGCGAGGUGACUGUCUUCACUACGGAGGAGAAGGUGCCUGUACAGCUGAACCUGACCAAGAUCCCGCUGUCCGUGACGUUCAAUCUCUACGAUGAAGGCAAGAUCAUGCUCCUAGACGCCACGACGAGCGAGGAGGCAGUCAGUGAAGGGUCGUUGGUCGUUGCUCUUGACAAGACGGGGGAGAUUGCGCUGUACUCGAAGCCUGACGGGGCACCAGCGGACCCGGUGAAUAUGGUGAACUGCUCUACGCUUGCGCUGGAGAAGGUGAGGGAGCUGAACAAGCUGCUUGCUGCCCGGCUGGAGGAGGACAAGCAGAUUCGGGAGAAGAAACGGCCCACGGCAGGGCUUAGUGCUGCCCACGAGAGGUGA